UCUUUAUUUAUUUCACGCAUAAAUCAAUACUAUAAAAAUAUUUAUUCUGUUACAUAUUUUUAUAAUGUUGCUUUUUUGGAUUCAGAAAAAUGUCUACAAGACAUCCAGCGUUCAACUCUCAAAAGAAAUGAACAAAGGUCCAGUUUUCGAUGUAUCUAUGUUGAGCCUAAGAGAUUAUUUGGAACAGAUGAUCUAAAUUCCAAUGAAGGUAUAUUUUUUUGUAUAUCGAAAUACUAACGAUCAAAUUUUAUAAUUUUAUAGCUUUGUAAAUCUAACUGGAAAACAAUGCAGAUGUAGCAGAAGUACAUUAUAAUCAGGAAUAUGAUCUAAGCAGUGAAGAUAGUGGUGCAUAUUCUGAUCUCUCAUCUCAUUCAGAAUAUCUAUUCAAGGACGUAGGAUUUGAGGAGUUUGACUUUCAGCGUGUUGUUACAAUACUAAAAACCCGUGAUGCCAAAAGAAGGUCAAGUAAAAUUAGAUCCACAUUAACUGCAACCCUACAAACUAUUGGUAAUUUACACAUACAAAUCAAUUAUUUUUAUGAUUAUUUUUUUCUUCAUAUCAUUGUAUACCCAACGCUCAAACGUUCCUGUGUUUGAAACAGCAUAUCUCGAUGAGGGAAAUCCAACUUUCAAAUGUGAAUACUGUAAGGCCAAAAUGUGGUAUGGUGAACGUCUAGACCGGAAGACAAACACAAAGAAGAAACCUAUUUUCUCACUAUGUUGUGGACAAGGACAAGUCAAGCUGCCUUUGUUGAGAGAGAGUCCAUUAGUUAUUAAACAGUUGCUCUAUGGGAAAGAUGAGAAAAGUCGAUACUACCAGAAAAACCUAAGAGCAUUAAACAUGCUGUUUUCAUUUACUUCUCUCGGUGGCAAAGUGGAUCGCUCGAUUCCUAAUGGUCAUGGUCCAAAAACUUUUACAUUGCAUGGCGAAAACUACCAUUUGAUGGGCAGUAUGAAACCAAAUUUGGGAGAUCUGGCUAAGUUUUCUCAGCUAUACAUCGUCGACAUUGAUUCCGAGGUUGAUAAUAGAGACUCGGUUAUGAGGUAUAUACAAUAACCUCCAGCUAUUUGAUAAUAUUUAUCUGAUCCUUACGUGUAUAAUGAUACAAUGAUGUUUACUUUUUUCAGCAAGUAUAACUCGGAAGCGGAUAAAAGAAAAAAGUCUGACUUGCGAAAAAAGAUUAUUGAGGAUAUUAUCAAAGUUCUUGACGAUGUUAAUCCCUAUGUGCAUCAGUUUCGACAGGCACGUGAAAGAUUGACCAUGGAACCCAGUGAAAAGUUUCAUAUGAGGAUUGUGAGUAAUCGUGAGAAAGAUGGACGGACUUAUGAUACUCCAACUGCGUCAGAAGUUGCUGCUCUCAUUCCUGGGGACUUCAAUUUAGAGAUGGACAGGCGUGACAUUGUUUUAGAAGAGAAGCAAACGGGAUGGUUGAAAAGAAUUAGUGAGAUACAUCCUUCUUAUCUUGCACUUCAGUACCCUCUUAUAUUUACCUAUGGAGAAGAUGGAUUCAGACUCGGAAUACAAAAAAGGGAUUCUCCUCAAACAGAAAAACUAAAGCGAAAGGAUAUAAGUAUGAGACAGUGGUUUGCCUAUCGUUUAUUUGAGAGGGAUGGCGAGUGUCAGACUCUUUUGCACUCAAGGAGAUUAUUUCAACAGUUUUUGGUUGAUGCAUUCACCACUAUUGAGACAAAUCGGCUAUGUUAUUUGAAGCUGAACCAAAAAUGUUUGAGGUCUGACACCUAUGACUCGAUUAAACAGGCACAAAACGAAGGGAAAGUUGAUAUGAAUGAUCAAGGUGCUCGAUUCUACUUGCCUGCUUCUUUCACUGGUUCGCCAAGAUACAUGAAGAAUAACUAUCUAGAUGCAAUGGCCAUUUGCAAACACUUCGGUUUCCCUUCUCUGUUCAUCACCUUUACUUGCAAUCCGAAAUGGCCGGAAAUCACAAGGUAUCUGGCACAGCGGGAUUUGAAUACAGAUGAUAGACCAGAAAUAAUUUCUCGAGUAUUCAAGAUGAAGUUGGACUCUCUUAUGAUAUCUCUAACCGACAAUGAGAUACUUGGAAAAACGGUGGCAUCAAUGUAUACUGUUGAGUUUCAGAAACGUGGCUUGCCGCAUGCUCACAUAUUGUUAUUCAUGCACCCCAGUUCUAAAAUUACUACUACCGACCAUAUUGACCAGAUAAUUUCAGCAGAAAUUCCUGACAAAUCUGAGGAUCCAGAGCUAUAUGAAGUUGUUAAAGACAUGAUGAUUCAUGGUCCUUGUGGUGUUGUCAAUAUGAAAUCACCGUGUAUGGAAAAUGGGAAGUGUUCAAAACUAUUUCCAAAGACGUUUACAGAAAGAACUACUGUUAAUAAAGAGGGGUUCCCAGUCUACAGGCGACGGGAUAAUAACCAUUUUGUUGAGAAGAAAGGUUUCAAGUGUGACAACAGAUACGUUAUACCAUAUAACAGAACUCUGUCUCUUAUGUACAGGGCUCAUAUUAAUGUAGAGUGGUGCAAUCAAUCUGGCUCUAUAAAAUACUUAUUCAAGUAUAUCAACAAGGGACAAGAUCGAAUGACUGUUACGGUUGAAGCACCAAAAGAAGGAGGAUCUACUGAGGCUGAUGGGCCCAAUAAGGAAGCACCAGAAAAGAAAAAUGAAAUCAAAAACUUCUUUGAUGGCAGGUACUUUUUAUUGUAUAUGUUUAUUCAAUUUUGUCACUCAAUAACACGCUAUCUUUUUAUCUACUUUUACAUAACAUUUUAUUUAUUUUUCAGAUACGUCUCUUCAUGUGAAUCUUCGUGGAGAACUCUAAAGUUUCCUAUUCAUUAUAGAUCAGUGCCCGUUGAGAAAAUUCAGUUUCAUUUACCAGGAAAGCAGAUUAUUGUCUUUAAGGAUGACGACACAUACGAGGAAGUUACAAGUAGGGUGCUGAUUCAGGAUACCUAUCUUCUGGCCUGGUUUGAGUUGAACAAGAUAAGUGCAGUUGCUAGAAAGUUAACUUUAGCUGAAAUUCCAACAAAGUUUAUUUGGAACAAAAAAGAGAGAAAACUGCAAGAAAGAAAGAGAGGUUUCAGCAUUGGGAGAAUUAAUUAUGCACCUAAGAAGAUUGAGGAAGCAUAUUAUCUACGUGUGUUGCUGAAUAUUGUGCGUGGACCAACAUCCUUUGAAGACAUAAGGACAUUUAAAAAUGUGAUCUACCCUACCUUCAAAGAAUGCUGUUUUGCUCGUGGGCUAUUAGAAGAUGAUCAAGAGUACAUUGAUGAUAUUGUUAGGUCAAGCUAUACGAGCACUGCAUCCUGUCUCCGACAUGCAUUUGCUAUCAUGCUCAUGUCCAUGACUUUAUCUAUGCCAGAGAAAGUUUGGGAAAAUACAUGGGAGUUCCUUUCAGAAGACAUACAAUAUAGGCAGCGGAAACAUUUUAAUCGACCAGGAUUAUGUCUUAGCGAUGCCGAAAAAAAAGAAGGUGCCCUAUUGGAGAUUGAAAAAAUACUGAAAAGCAAUGGUACUUCAUUGUCAAAUUGGAAACAGAUGCCACAGCCCUUUCGUGAUGUUACUGAUUAUCAGAAUGUUUUGAUUCUUGAUGAGCUGAGCUACAACCGUGAUGAACUAAGGGUUGAACACGAUAGGGACAUCCUAAAGAUGACGGAUGAGCAGAGGAAGAUUUACGAAGAGAUUAUGGAAGCAGUCAUUGAAAAAAAAGGUGGAAUAUUUUUUGUUUAUGGAUUUGGUGGAACCGGAAAAACUUUUUUGUGGAGAUUACUAUCUGCUGCUAUUAGAUCCAGGGGUGAGAUUGUGUUGAAUGUUGCCUCAAGUGGUAUUGCAUCGCUUCUGUUACAAGGGGGGAGGACUGCACAUUCUAGAUUCGGUAUACCAAUCAAUCCUGAUGAGUAUUCUCUGUGUAAUUUGCCACCAGGGUCUGAUCCUGGUAAUUUGGUUAAAGAAGCCUCACUGAUUAUAUGGGAUGAAGCACCGAUGAUGAGUAAACAUUGUUUCGAGUCAUUGGACAGAAGCUUAGCUGACAUUAUGAGAUGUAAAGAAAAAAAGCCAUUUGCUGGGAAAGUAGUUGUAUUGGGUGGUGAUUUCAGGCAAGUUCUUCCGGUUAUUAAUGGUGGAUCAAGAACUGAAAUAGUGCUGAAUUCUCUAAAUUUUUCCUAUCUCUGGAAACACUGUAAAGUUCUCAAACUAACCAAGAAUAUGAGAUUGUUGUCUACCAAUAUGACUGCAGAAGAGUUGAAAGACCUUGAAGCAUUUUCCCAAUGGAUAUUGGAUGUUGGGGAUGGAGUUGCUGGUGAGCCCAAUGAUGGUGAUGCACUAAUCACUAUUCCAGAUGAGUUUCUGAUUAUGGAUGCAAACGAUCCUAUAGAAUCAAUCAGCAAAGAAGUGUACGGAGAUGCAACAGCUCUACAGGAGCAGAAAGAUCCUAUUUUUUUUCAAGAGAGAGCAAUUCUAUGCCCGACAAACGAGGACGUUAACAACAUAAAUCAGCAUAUGUUGGAUAAACUAGAAGGUGAGGAGAGAACAUAUUUAAGCUCUGACAGCAUAGACCCAUCUGAUCAGCGAUCUGUCAAUGAUCAAGCUCUCACACCAGAUUUUCUUAACAGUAUCAAGGCAUCAGGUUUACCUAACCACAAUCUUAGGUUGAAAAUUGGAUGCCCUAUCAUGUUGCUGAGGAAUAUCGAUCAUGUUGGAGGUUUGAUGAAUGGAACUAGAUUGCAGAUUAUAGAUAUGUCUGACUUCUGUGUCAAGGCGCGAGUAAUUACAGGAAAGAAAGUUGGGGAUGUUGUUCUAAUUCCUAGGCUGUCAAUUACUCCAUCGGAUACAAAGUUACCAUUCAAAAUGAAGAGAAGGCAGCUUCCAAUUUCUGUGGCAUUUGCUAUCACAAUUAAUAAAAGUCAGGGUCAAUCUCUCUCACAUGUUGGAAUAUUUCUACCACGCCCAGUGUUUUCUCAUGGACAACUCUAUGUUGCUAUCUCUAGGGUUACAUCCAAGAAAGGUUUGAAGAUUUUGAUUGUUGAUGAGGAUGGAAAUCCUCAAAAACAAACAAAAAAUUUGUUUUCAAAGAGAUUUUUGAAAAUCUCUGAGUUUGAUUUAAUUUCAUACUAUGUUUGUUUUUUUAUUCAAUUUUCAAAAUUGUUGUUCACUACAUUUAAGUGUGUGAUUAUCGCUCAGGAAUUAUUUUUAACUUUAGUAAGAGUUCGUAAUGAAAAUAACAUGUAUCAUAAACUAAAGCAAAUAUGACGAUCAUGUCAAGCUAUUCUAAAAUUUUUAAUCUGUUCUAUUAUAGUAUUGAUACUACGAAUUGAGUUUUU